AUGGAGUGGGUUGGCGAGCCUAGUGACGAAAACGAACUAAUUAGCCGGCUUCCUGAGAAUGUGAUACAUAACAUCCUCAUGUUGUUGCCCAUCAAAGAUGCAGCCAGAACAGCUCUCUCGUCAAGCACCUGGAGGCGUCACUGGAGAAGCAUUCCUCAACUUGUGUUCGACGAUGGUUUUGCUCCGAUUGAACCGAACGAUAAGUUGAUUCCGAACAUCUACAAGUCUCUGCUGGCUUGCGAUGGGCCGGUGACCAAGUUCGUGCUUGCAGUUCCCGGAUUGAACCCCUGCCACGAGAUUGAUCACAUCAUUGUGCAUCUUUCUGGCUGCGGUGUCCUCCAGCAUUUCACCCUUGUCCUUUCCAGUAAAGACUCUCACAGCUGGUACAGGCUGCCAUCCUCCUUGUUUGCUGCUCUUCGACUGAAUUAUCUGAAACUGAAACGUUGUUUGUUCGUGGUACCACCGUGGUUUGUUGGGUUCGGUCAGCUUAAAAAACUCCGUCUAAUGAAAGUAAACGUGCCAUCAGACUUCUUUGAGAAUUUCCUUCCCAAGUGCCCAUUGCUUACAAGUAUGCUUAUAGCCUCCUGCACUGGCCUUGAAAAGCUUGAGCUAGAUGCUCCACGGCUCAAGCUGUUCAACUUUGAGGGGGAAUUGCAGAAACUAUGCUUCAAGCGUACUCCACGUCUGUCAGUACUGCGACUUUCUGUAUAUGGCGGGUUGUGGAACCCUGAUUUGGCAGCUUUAUUAGCUUCUCUCCGGGUACUUGAGCGGUUUGCUGUAGCAUCAGAAUCUUUAGAAGUACUUGGUAAAGCUGGUCAUGUCUCCACCAGGCUUCCUUCCCCUCAUUGCCGGCUGAAAAGACUCCACAUCUAUCUUAAUGUCAUUACUAGUUUGGGGGAGCGCAUUCUUGUUUUCCUAAUCUCGAGUGCUCCCAACUUGCAUAAACUCGUGAUUCAGGUCGCGUGCAUGGUUCGCCGGCGAAAUCAGCUUGCAGAUAACUUGGCGACUAGCAUAGGAACCUUGUUAGAAGCAGCACUCCGUCGUGGACCGUGUUUGCAGCAUCUCAGAGUGUUUGCAAUUGAAGACGGCCUUGGGGCACCGCUUGAGUUGGAACUUGUCAGGAUCAUACUUGCCACAGCCCCAAAUCUUUUGAGGAUUGAGAUUAAGCCGUCUUCUCUAUUAUGCUCCAGAAAGGUUUUCGAAUUUAUGAAGGAGGUGAUGCGAUAUAAGCGUAUAUCUAAAGAAGCGCAGGUCCUAUAUGAUUACAGUGAAGAGAACCACUCCCACCUCUGUAGUUGCUGCCUAUGA